AUUGCAAUACCCCCUUUAAGCCCCUAGGUCUGCUAAGCAUAAUCCAAGCGUCGAUCUGGCUCGACUGUCAACAACAAACGCACAUAUGACCCCGAGAAGGUGAGAAGUAAACACCGAAAUGGCUUCGUUCUCGGGUGGCGUAUCAAAUUCACGUUGUAACGGCCGUGGAAAGAGAAUUCAAACGCGACGGACAAAAUCCGAACUAAUAUCAGAACAGAAACAAACAGCCAAUGGAUAUCAAGUUAACACGUUACAGUUAAAAUCCCGAGAGGACACGAGCCAUGCAGACCGUCCGACCCAGCCCUCUGCCACCGUGUUCCGGAGAGACAGUUUUCUGGAUCCCGAUUUGAUUGAUCAGACAGAUGGCUCGUACCGUUAUCCAUUUACCAAACUAGACCUUUUUAUAACGGUAUGUUCGACGAUAUUUUUCCUUUAUGACUUUGUUUCUGACAUUGUACUGACAGAAGAAUAUUACCGACAUGGACGGUACUUGGCAUUCUGGCUGACAGCAAGUUUUACUGUUGUGCCCGCUGUCAUAUCUAAUGGUUUGAGUAUACAGUGGUACUACCUGGAUUACAGACGUGAGAAAAAACAUCCGGAAAUCGUGAGCACGUCUUUGUGUACAUGGUUCUGUCGCGUGUUCUUCACGUUCCCUCUCAUGAUGGGACCAGCAGUGCGACAUGUGGAGUACAUCUACCAUGGGUGUAAGUCGUGGACAAAGAAUCAGGAUGAUGAUGACAAGAAGAAAAAGAAGGACCACCACUACAAGCAGAUGUUGUAUGAAGACAAUGAUGCAAGCUUGAUACGGAUGCUGGAGAGCUUUCUGGAGUCAGCACCUCAGCUCAUCAUCCAGCUGUACAUCAUCCUGACAGAGGAUAAACAUAACAGUCCUCUGUUCUUUACAAUGUACGUGCGUCCUGUGGCCAUGUUUGGAUCUUGGAUUGGUCUAUCCUGGUCCCUUGUCUCCUAUCACCGAGCUCUCCGUGCUAUGCAUUCUCACGAGACGCCUACAGACAGUUACACCGCUGACCUUAUGAAAAACGUCGGGGGAGCUGUCGGUUACUUCCUGUGGCGAGCCUGCGAGGUCGGACCUCGUGUUGUUAUUAUAGCACUGUUUGCAUCACAGCUUGGUUAUUUAGUCUUAAUUGCAGCAGGUGUUCAUUGGCUCUGUAUGACCACAUGGCUGUUUUUCCAGAAAACUGAAUUUUAUAAGAAUCGUCGAGACGAGAUUAUAUUCAACAUUGUGAUAGGUUAUGUGUUAAUUUUUUGUUUUAUAAAUACACGUGAUGGGCAUACGAGAUUCAGAAUCCUCAUUUACUAUUUUGUGUUUUACUUAGAGAAUUUUUCCAUGCUCGUGUCCUGGACAUACUUCACAUCUAAUAAGAGUGACUGGUUCUACUUUGUGGCCAUUAUUGUAGUUACAGCUGGUUGUGUGUGUCAGGUAGUUUUUCAGAUUUGUUUUUACCUAUGCUGCCAUCCAAAGAAAAUUAAGAUUUGCCUGAACCCUUGUAAAGAUUUUAUGUGUUACCAGUCAGUGUGUCAUAGCCUGGAUGAGGCUGACAGAGUACCUCCAGCUUAUCUUUAGUAACAAACAAGAAUUAGUACCUUGUACCUAUACUCUUUAGUAACAGAUGAGAAUGAGUAUCUUGUACCUAUACUCUUUAGUAACAGACGAGAACGAGUAUCUUUUAAGACCGAGUACCUUUUACUUAUCUUUAAUACCAGACAAGACUGAAUACAUUUCACCUAUCUUAGGUAAGACACGCUACAGACCGAGUACCUUUUACCUAUCUUAGGUAAUAUAACAGACAAGACUGACCGAGUACUUUUUACCUAUAGUUAGUAUCAGAUGAGUCUGACCGAGUACCUUUUACCUAUAGUUAGUAUCAGACGAGACUGACCGAGUACUUUUUACCUAUAGUUAGUAUCAGAUAAGACUGACCGAGUACCUUUUACCUAUAGUUAGUAUCUGAUAAGACUGACCGAGUACCUUUUACCUAUAUUUAGUAUCAGACGAGACUGACCGAGUACCUUUUACCUAUAGUUAGUAUCAGAUAAGACUGACCGAGUACCUUUUACCUAUAUUUAGUAUCAGAUAAGACUGACCAAGUACCUUUUACCUAUUGUUAGUAUCAGAUGAGACUGACCGAGUACCUUUUACCUAUAGUUAGAACAAGAUGAGACUGACCGAGUACCUUAUACCUAUUGUUAGUACAAGACGAGACUGACCGAGUACCUUUUACCUAUAGUUAGUACAAGACGAGACUGACCGAGUACCUUUUACCUAUAGUUAGUAUCAGAUGAGACUCACCGAGUACCUUUUACCUUUAGUUAGUAUCAGAUGAGACUGACCGAGUACCUUUUACCUAUAGUUAGUAUCAGAUGAGACUGACCGAGUACCUUUUACCUAUAGUUAGUACAAGACGAGACUGACCGAGUACCUGGCUAUAGUUAGUAUCAGAUGUAACUGAUGGAGUACAUCCAGCUUAUCUUUGGUAUACACUAACAGAUGUAUUUAUGUAGGUAUUUUUACUUCUCUGUGUGCUGGUUGUUUAAGGGUAAAUGUUUUAACAUGGAGCUAUAGAUAAAGGUUAGUUGAUGAGAUGUUAAGCUGUUGUUUACCUGUGCCUUUGUUAAUGUGUACACGAGGUUGUUAUGUACUUAAUAAUUGUUGUACAUUGUACAUUAGUUCUUGUACAUUAGAACUAAUUAGCAUUCAAUUAACCAAGAUAAAGAUGAUUUGAUGUAAUGAAAAUAAUUUUUUCAGAAUUUUUAUCUUAACAAUAAUAUCCCAACUUAUAAGGUUUAGCUGUGUUAAUUUUACUGGGAAAACAUCAUACAUGUUUGUUUGAUAGAAUUACAUUGUUAACUACAGCAGCUUAUGUUGUAUUGGAAAAGUAUUUGACACUUUUGUCGACUUUAAGUUGUCAAUAUUGUCCAAUGUUUUAACAAUAGCUCAAAUUUCCUUUUCAUUAAAGAGAAAAUAAAGAGCAUGGUAUUUUUCUGGUAUAUUUGAAAUUAUUACAAUUAUUUUUAUUUUAUUGUUAUUUUUUUUUGGGGGGGGG